AAUUUCCCUCCAAUAGCAAAUUCAUAAAGUAUCAUAGUGAUUUUCCGGUUUUUCAUUCACCAAUUUAAAUGAAAAAAAUGAAAAUUUAUAUCUGCGCCAACCUGUUAGGAGCGAACAUUUUUCAUAUCAUCGUUUGCUUUAGGGAAGUAUCAGAAUGUUGAGCUUUUCUGUGGACAACGUAGAAAAUAUCGAACCGUAAAUUUGUAAUCGAUUUUCGAUUUCAAUUUAUUGACUCAUAAAUGAUUCCAUGGUAAUUACAAGUUACGAUUUCAACAGACUUUCUUUCUGCAGUGAAAUAAAAAAUCUGAUCACCAGUCAACUUUCUUCUUUAAUCCUUUGUAUUCAUUCUAACGAGUCUAUCAAAGGUAUUACCUUUAGCUGUUAAACUUUGAUAUUCUCGGCUUAUAAUUUUCAGUUUAAACUCUGUUUAAUUUCUAAUGUUAUAAGCCUCACAAAAACCAAAUAAAAACUUCAGCGUUCAUGAUGUAGAUGAAAACUUUUAAGUUUCAAAGAAAAUGAAAAUGCUUCUGUGGAAAACCUAAUUUAAAAAGCUGAAAUAAAUUUAUU